AUGACAACUGAAAGAAACGAUACAUCAUACGCAGAUAUCGAUUGCGACCUCCUUGACGUUUGUCCGAAUGAGUUGACUCUAAUGAAUCAGCCCAUAGAGUUAUUAGAACCAAAAAGUGCAUUUAUAGUGGUGCCGCCGAACCAAAUUCCAAAGGGGCUUGCUAAAAAAGCUGAACAAAACAUGAUGCAAUCAUACACUAUGUUCUCUAGGAACAUGUUGGAGCCAAAAACACAAAUGGACUUGAAAUAUAAUCGAGUUUAUAAAACUCAGUAUGCCAUUGUUGGUGUUUUAUCACAACUCCCAGAAAGUAAACAUGAUAUCAGAACAUUCAAUGUUGAUGUUUUGAAACAUGAUAACCAAACAUUAAUUCUGGUCAUUGAUGGGAUCUACAAAGAAAUGCCAUGUGAUAGCAAUAAAGAAAAUUACUUACAAUUCAGACGGACAUUCAUAUUUAAUAUAAGAAAUGUUGAUACUAUGUCACAUUAUUCUAUAGCAUAUGAGAUGUUUUCAGUAUCAUUUGCAUCACCGGAGAAAAUAAAAAAUAGUUUCCAGACACCUAUCAGACAUUUGAAUCAGUUGAGCCUGAUUGAUCCAGAGAAAGAAGAUAAAGAUAUAAUUCGUGGAGCAUUCACUCAUAUAACGCAAUUAAAAAAUUCUGAAGCGGAAUCACGCUUGCAAAGACACAGCUGGGAUUUAAGAAAAGCUUUGUCAGAAUUUGCUUAUGAAUAUAAAAAUGAUUUUUUUAAUGACGAAUGUUUCAUGAAGAGUGAUUUGUCGGACUUGUCAUCCGUCCUUGAUGUUGAUGAGAUUGAUUAA